UGGGACGGGAAGAGCGUCAUCUGCAGCGUGUGCUUGGAAGGCUCCCGCCGAGGCAGAGCGAGAGAGAGUUUGUUUGUUGGCCGGUGCCUUUGCCUCGCAGGGAGGGGUGUGUGUGUGUGUGUGUGUAUUCCGGAGGGUGAAUUCGGCCCGAGUUGCAGAGGAUUGGAGGCUAUGGCGACGCCUCUGGCCUCCUCGGCCUCCCUUUCCCUGCUCGCCACUGUCGCCGUUCAACAGGUGCCGUCUCCUGGCAGCAAACAGCUCGCUGUUUCGCAAAUCUCUUCAGGUGCCAGAGUAGGUUUCGCCCGUGCUCGGAGUGACAGGUUGUUUGUGGCUGCCGUGGGCGGUUCGCCUUCUCCCGGGCCCGUUUCUGCGGAGGAGAAAGCUUCCAGCAGCUCAGAGGAUGUGACCAGUGUAGAGGAUGCUUCAGAUGCGUCGUCCUCACAGCCUACUCGUAUAUUUUCACCGACUGCAUGUCAAGCAUGUGGAAAGGAGGACAAGGUUGGGGGUUGCAAUGGCGAGGGCAGGAUUCUUGGAGGCCUGAGCUCCGUUCCCGGAUUCGGAUGGUUUCCCAUCAAGGCUUAUAGGCCUUGCCCGGCUUUUGUAGAAGCUGGAGGGCGAUACAGGAGGCAGGGACAGAGUUUAGAAGAAGUGGCGUUUGGAAGAAUGGGCAAACAAGACGAUCUAGAUAUAACUGAGAGAUUGCAAGGUGGCAAGAAAAAGUAAUUUAAUUUUUUGGGUGUUAGUAGCUGCAUGGGCGGCCCGAAGGGCAAGCUGGCCCUGUAUGUACUUUAUGAUGGGUUUGCAUUGUAUUAAUAACCGUUAUACUGGGUGUAGGAUUGCCCGUUCGAUAUGUGAACGCUGGAUUCUUCGAUUUUCGUUAUGCUCUAUUUGUUGAACAAUCUUUCUAAGCAGUCAGAAGAUUCAGCAUUA